ACCCUGCAACAAAUAGAGACCCUUCCUCUAGAGAGAAAGCUAAGGGUGGGCAAUUUUUUAGAGAGAGAAAGAGAUGGGGGGGGAGGUGAUUCUGCUGGAUGUGUGGGCAAGCCCUUUUGGCAUGAGAGUGAGGAUUGCUCUCGCAGAGAAAGGCGUGAAAUAUGAGUACAGAGAGGAGGACCUGGACAAUAAGAGUGAGCUCUUGUUGAAGAGUAACCCUGUUCACAAGAAGAUCCCUGUGCUCAUUCAUGGCGAUAAGUGUGUAUCAGAGUCUCUGAUAAUUGUAGAGUACGUUGAUGAGGUGUGGAAGAACUCGCCCUUGUUGCCUAAGGACCCGUACGAGCGAGCUGUCGCAAGGUUCUGGGCUGAUUUUGUUGACAAGAAGGUGUACGAGAGCGGGACCCGGAUUUGGAAACACAAGGGCGAGGCCCGGGCCGAAGCCGUGAAAGACUUCAUCGAAAGCCUCAAAGUCUUGGAGAGCGGCUUGGGAGACGAGCCCUUCUUUGGAGGGGAGAAAUUAGGGUUUAUGGAUAUUGCCUUGGUGCCAUUUGUUUGCUGGUUCCAUGCCUAUGAGGUCCAUGGUGGGUUCAGUGUUGCAGCUGAGUGCCCCAAAAUUGAUGCCUGGGGCAAGCGUUGCAUGGAGAAAGAGAGCGUUUCCAAGGCUUUGCAGGACCCCGAGAAGAUCUUGGUCUUGCUGGAGGUUAUCAAGAAGAAAUUUGGGGUUGAGUAGAGAGAGAAAGAGAGGUGUCUUGUGUGAAAAAGGGGAGUGAAGUUGCGUAUGUUUUUUGGUUGAAUCCGGUGUGUUAUGUUGUCUUGUUGUUUUCUAUUUUGUUUGGUAAUAAAAGGAUGGGAAUAUCGACCUUAUUUGUAUGAGGGCUAUGGAACUUUAAUACUAUUUGGAUAUUUUUCUUAUA